GAAGAAAAGAAGAAACAACCAAAACAACCUCCCAGAAACCCCUCCCACCUAACCAAACGCGCCUCGCACCUUCCUCCUCCGCUUAAAGGGCGCGAUGGUCUUCAAACCCUUCAAAUCGCCGCUCAUCCGCAAACCCGCUGACGGUGCCGCCACAACCACAACUACUGCUCCUCCAACAAAGUCAACAGAACCCACCUCCACCGCAGGAGAACCGCCAACGAAAAAACCACGCCUCCAUCUCAAUCAUGCGGUGACGGGGAUCGAGAAUCGCGGGGUUCCUACUACCACCACAGCUGGUGGUGGUAGUCGUGGUGGAACUAUAACAGGGAUACGCAAGACAGCAACUGGGAAGACGUUACUGUGCUUGGCGCGGGAAUCUUCUCGGUCUUCCGGCUCGGAAUCUCGGUCUCGGUCUGAGAAGGAUGGGCAGGAGGGUGCGGGUGAGGAGGCCGAUGGGGGAGAGCGGUAUUAUAAUGUUUUAUGGCGUAAAGUGACCACCAAGAAGAACAAGACCUGGGAUGGCGAUGGCAUUCUUCGCGUGCGCGAUGGGUAUGCCUUCCUGUAUGAUCAUGCCUCUGGGAAGGAUAUGGGGCGCGGGGUCGUGGCGCAGGGUCGCCCGGCGUUGGAGGCCGGGGUCAUGUUGUCUGUUGCUGGGAAGGAGGUCGAGGUCGAUUGCGAGAUUUCCCGGAAGGAGUAUCUGGCUGGGAGGCGGGUGGCGGCUGCUGGGGAGGGUCGGGAUUCCGGCGCGGUCACGAGCAGCGCUACGGUUUCGAUAACUGCACCUUCAGCUUCAGCAGGGUCUGGGAGGAAUUCUGUGUUGGAGCGUCGCGGUGUUAUUAGCAACACCAACACUGGCAACACGGUUGUGGGCGGUAGCAAGGAGGAGAAGCAGGCCCCCGCCGCUCCUAUUCGAAUCGCGAACCCGGCUUCCAGGAAGGGUGGGAUCUGCGGGGCGUAUAAGAGACCGCUGCUGGAUUCUACGGCGCUGCUACAGCAGCAACAGCCCUCCUCGACGGAGAUGCCGGUCCCGCGGCAUGACCCGACGCUGCCGGGGGCGUUGGUCAUGAAACGUCCGGAUGCCGUGCCUAGCGGCAAGAGGUUGGUGGACGUGGUCGUCGACCCUAUCCUGGCGAAACAUCUCCGGCCGCACCAGCGCGAGGGAGUCCAGUUCCUCUACGAGUGUGUCAUGGGAAUGCGCUCGUUCAAUGGCGAAGGGGCGAUUCUAGCGGACGAUAUGGGGCUGGGCAAGACGUUGCAGACCAUCACUCUCCUGUGGACGUUGCUGAAACAGAACCCCGUCUAUGGCGACGGCCCCGUCGUGAAGAAGGCGCUCAUCGUUUGCCCCGUCACCCUGAUCAGUAACUGGCGCAAGGAGUUCCGCAAGUGGCUAGGCAAUGAACGCAUCGGCGUGUUCGUCUUCGACGACAAGCGGAAGCGAUUGACGGACUUCACCAAGGGCAAGGCGUAUAGUGUCAUGAUUGUGGGAUACGAGAAGCUGAGGUCGGUGCAGGAGGGGCUUGCCCGCGGCAAUGGAGUCGAUAUCGUCAUCGCCGACGAAGGGCAUCGGCUGAAGACCCUCCAGAACAAAAGUGGGCAGGCCAUCCAGUCGCUGAAUGCCACAAAGAGGGUCAUUCUGUCCGGGACCCCGAUCCAGAACGACCUCAAGGAAUUCUUCGCCGCCGUGGACCUUGUCAACCCGGGUGUAUUGGGCACGUUCAAGGCCUUCAUCAAGGAGUUCGAAACGCCCAUAGUGAAGAGCAGACAGCCCGAAGCCACUAGGGAGGACAUCGAGAAGGGUGAAGCCCGCAAUGAGGAGCUCCGGGAGCUCACCUCCAAGUUCAUGCUGCGCCGCACGGCCGACAUCCUCGCCAAAUACCUCCCGCCGAAGUCCGAGUACAUCCUCUUCUGCAAUCCGACGCGCACGCAGGCCAGCAUUUACCAGAACGUGCUAGCGUCGCCCAUGUUCCAGAGCGCCAUCGGCAACUCCGAGAGCGCGCUGCAGCUCAUCACCAUCCUCAAGAAGCUCUGCAACAGCCCGUCGCUCCUGUCGCCUAAAGCCACCGAGGACAGCCAACCCAACGCGACCAUCGCCGCGUUACUUUCCUCCCUCCCUCCGAAUCUCCUCCGACAUUUUUCGCCAGCCUCAAGCGCCAAGAUCCGCGUCCUCGAUCAGCUCCUCCACCACCUGCGCACCUCGUCCCACGGAGAGAAGAUCGUCCUCGUCUCGAACUAUACCUCCACUCUCAACCUCCUGGCCAACCUCCUGUCGUCCCUCUCGCUCCCGUUCCUCCGCCUCGACGGCUCCACCCCCGCGCAGAAACGCCAGUCCCUCGUCGAGGACUUCAACCGCCUCCCCGCGGACCUCUGCUUCGCCUUUCUGCUAUCUGCCAAAGCCGGCGGCACGGGGCUGAACCUCAUCGGCGCCAGCCGACUGGUGCUCUUCGACGUCGACUGGAACCCGGCCACCGACAUCCAGGCGAUGGCGCGCAUCCACCGCGACGGACAAAAGCGCGCGUGCCGCAUCUACCGGAUCCUGCUCAAGGGCAGUCUGGAGGAGAAGAUCUGGCAGCGGCAGGUGACGAAGCUAGGGUUAGCGGACAGUGUAAUGGAUACCGCGGGGACUGGUUCGUUAGCCUCCUCGUCGUCAUCGUCGUCAAUGGCGCAGUUCUCGCGCGACGAACUGAGGGAUCUGUUCCGGUUGGAUGAAGAGAGUCGAUGCCAGACGCAUGUAUUACUGGGGUGCGAAUGUGGGGGCACUGGCCAGCAGCAACAGCAACAGCAACAGCAACAGCAGCCAUCCAGCGAAUCCCCCAAUGCAGACGACGACGAAGCCCCCGAAGGCAGAGAAGAAGAAGAAACCUUCCCCGACCUCCCCACGCUCAUCAAAGCCUCCCAGCUCCUCGACACAAACCAACAACAAGACCAGCAGCGCCGAACCUCAUCAUCAUCAUCCCGCCGCCGCCGCCGCCGCCGCCGCAAUUCCCCUUCCCCCUCCCCGUCCGCAUCAGACACUUUUUCGGAAUCCUCCGACCACCCAAACAAACCCACCACUCAGAGACACCGCAUGAGACAAUCCCUCGCCCAAUACCGCCACAUCGACCCCUACCACCUCACGACCCCUACCGACGACGAAGAACCCAAGACCCUCGACGCCGCGGCCCUGGAGGCUGUUAUCGACGAUGAGGUCCUAGUCGCCAUGCUGAAGGAUGAGGGGAAUCGCGUGGGGUAUAUCUUCAAGAAAUCUGGUGUUGUUGUCUCUGAGGAUCGAGGUUCUGAGGGUGAGGCUGCGGAUGUUUGA